CUGGAGACACCACCAUUCAGUUCAGGGCGCCGAACGGAGCGGAACGUAGCGCCAAGAAAGCAAUUGGAGAUGGUUCGAAUUCAGGUGAAGCAUGGUGGCGACGAAGAAGAAGACCAGAAAGAGUUUCUCUACGAAUCUCCAACCACUUCAACAAUCGAUGAAAUCGCCAAAGACGUGAUCCAAAUUGCUAACCUUCAAUCCAAGAUUCUACGCCUCAGCCUCCAUCUUCAACCUCGUCUCUCUCCCCUCAUUAACACUGAUCCCAAAGUGAUACCUCUCAGCAGAGCUCUGUCAGAAGCCGAGGCCUACGCAUCCAAGAACCAGGUUCUACAUAAUAAACCUUUAUCAAUCUGUGUGUUGAAAGGCCACAAGCAGAGCAUAGAAAGGGAAUUCACAGGAAGUUAUGACAUAAUGGGCUUUCCAGAUUCCAACAUACGGCAACUUCUUCCAGGCUUGGAAGCUAUUAAAGAGGAUAUUACAAAGCUUUGGUGGGCAGGGAAAGAGCUCAUGAGGGGUAAAAGAUUGUGUGAUUAUAUUGGGAAAAAUGAGAAAACAAAGAUCAUCCUCAGGCUGCAGUCACCUAGCUCACAUCCUGUGUGUAACUCAGUUCAGUAGUAGUUAUGUGAUGGAAACUUCAACUAGGGAAAGGUACUCCCUGCUUAAAUGAGUCUAUGGUCUACUGGCUUAUGGACCCUGCUGCCUUCACCGCCAAAUGAGUUUAAUUUGCUUCUUUGGACCAUAUGCUCCAAGACCCUGCUGCCUUCACCGCCAAGUCUCGACCUAAUCGGUCGCGUUGUAUCUGAGUUAAUUUCAAGUUGUUGAGUUAUUAUUAUUGAAUCGGGCGAUACGGUUUUACGACGCCGCACUAUGACCUGAAUUUGUUGUUAUAUUCAACAUUUUUUUAUUGAUCUAA